UGAACUUUUUUCAAACGCAUUAAUUGGACAGCACCUAUGACCUAUAUAUAUUAUAAUAAUAAUCUACAAACGAGUAAAUAUAACUUCUUGGCCAUGCCACACGAGAAACUAGAUAUGCUACACACCGGGGCUUCCAACCCUAUAAAUAUCUGGCAUGAUUAUAUAAUAUAGUUUCAAUUUCAAAACAAUUAAGCAAAUUAAAAGAAAAUAAAAUGGGCAAUCUUGAAAUAUUUCUAGCAAUUAUACUUGGCUGUUUCAUUCUCCUCUUCCUCUUAUUACCAUCAACAACAAAUAUUAAUUACAUUUAUACCCUUCUCCCAUGGAACUGGCCAUUCAUGAAGCUGAUGCCCACAGCUUACCUCAAAAGCCACCAACUCUACGACAAAAUAACCGACGUUUUAUCCGAACACAACGGCACCGUUUUGUUUCAGACAUCGUGGUUCACAAACCUCGAUAUCCUCGUCACGAGUGAUCCGGUCAACGUUCAACACGUGAUGAACUCGAAAUUCACAAUCUAUCAGAGAGGGACGGAGUUUCGAAAAGCGUUCGAUUUCUUGGGGGAUGCGGCUUUCAUUAAAGAGCUCGACGAGUGGAAAGAAGACAAGAAAUUCACCCAUGCUUUCUACAAAGAAAUUCGGUUCCAAAAAUCGAUACCGGAAACAACCCGCCACACUCUCGAGAAAGCCCUAAUCCCGGUUCUCGACCACGCCUCGAGUCAAAACCAGGUCGUUGACUUGCAGGGCCUUUUCCACAGGUACAUGCUGGACGCCACGUGUCUCAUGGCUACAGGAUCCGACUUGGGAUCCCUCCGGGUCGGGUUUCCGGAUUGCCCAUUGCUGGACGCGAUGGAUGACGUGGCGGAGGCGGUUUUCUGGCGGCAGAUUCUGCCGGAGAGGGUUUGGAGGAUGCAGCGGUGGUUGAAUAUUGGGAAGGAGAAGAAAAUGGGCCAUGCAUGCGUCACUCUGAAUCGAAUACUGGCGGGUUACGUGUCCGGCAAGAAACGAGGAAAAGACGACGACGAAAGUUUCGAUGUUUUGAAGUUUUAUAUGGAUGAGGCUUCGACCGAAAAGCAAACGAGUAAUGUGUUUCUAGCUGCGAAUUUAAUGACGCUUUUAUUCGCCGGGAGGGACACGUCUGCCGCACUCCUGACCUGGUUUUUCUACCUCUUGUCGAAAAAUCCGUCGGUCGAAAACGCGAUUUCAGAAGAAAUCGGGCGAUGUGGCGGUGAUAGUAUCGCACCCGGCCGAAAGCACGUUUUUUUUAGACCCGAAGAAUUAAGUAAAUUAGUUUAUCUGCAGUGCGCUUUGAUGGAAACCCUAAGGCUUUUCCCCACUGCGCCGGUUAUAAUUAGGGAUCCGAAUCGAGAAGACGUGCUACCGGGUGGACAGAGAGUGGGUAAGAAAACGAAAGUCGUGCUUUGCACUUACGCGAUGGGGAGGUCGCCGGAGAUUUGGGGCGAAGACUGCGGCGUGUUUAAGCCGGAGAGAUGGAUGUGUGGUGGUGAUGGUGGUGGAGGGGUGAAAGUGAAGCAUGUGGGUUCGAAUAGUUUUCUUGCGUUCGGGGCGGGUCCUUGGGCUUGCCCCGGAAAAGAAGUGGCGUUUGCGAGGCUGAAAGGUGUCGCGGCCACGAUUAUGCACAAUUAUCACGUGCGUGUUUCGGAAGGGCAGACGGCGAGUCCGAGUGUUUCGGCUUUGCUUACCAUGAGGCAUGGUUUGAAGGCCACACUUUCAAACAGAUGGAUUUGA